AUGGUCCGCUGGCUAGUGUUUAGAGUUCAAGUUCAGUCCAUAUUGUAUAAUACUGCAGAAAAUAUUAUCAGAGAAUGUGGAGAAAAAGUGAGCGACAAGGAGUUAAUUGAUACCUGGACAGAUGGAGCCAUCAAACUUCUUACGUUACCGUCAGUAGCACCAGACUUGCAGGAAGCUGCUGUGGGACUUAUAGUGGCAUUGGGGAGCACGCAGACUCACUGCAACACUGUGAUGGAAAGUUUAAUAGCCAGAUGCAGGGUGGAAACCUUACCAACGCAGAGCGUUGCUGAAAGUCUCGGUGCUCUGGCUGCUGGUAACGUGAAAGGAACAGUGCCAUACUUGAAGGCUGUCUUGGGACUUACUGUUCACUGCAUUCCUUCUGUGAAGCAAGAUAAUCUGAAAUGUGCGCUCGCUACUAUGUUUAGCAAGUUUGCCGAGUCCAUUUUGGAAGCUGUUGAUAACAAGGAACCAGACCCUGACAUCUCUAUAGAGUCUUAUAUGCCAGAGUGUGCUCUAGUCUUUGAGUCUCUUGUCAACUAUUGGCUCAAGAACUCAAACGCCAACGUCAAAAAUGACACAAUUGUCGCAUUGGGGCAUUUGAGUCACUUACUCCCCAAGGAAAAAUUGGAAGAGUUAGCAGGGCUUGUAGUGACAACGAUUCUCUCGUUAUACCGGAAAACUUCCUCUCCUUACAACCUUACUUUUUCCUUAGCCAUGAUAUCAGAUGCAAUGCUGAAAAAGAAUUUGACUGAAAGCAUAAAGUUUCAUGUUGAUCACUUACUCAGUGCUUUGUUUAACCAAGUUUGUAUUGUGCCAAAUUACUCUGAACCAUUCACUGUCAAGAACCACUACGAAGUAUUGCGCUGUUAUGAACUUAUGGGAAAGUAUUACCCAGAAAAUGUGAUGACUCAUCUUUUACAGCGAUUAGAAAAUGCUAGUCACAUGCAGCUGUUGGAGCCCUGGUGGUCACAAAACAUCUCAUUAACAGCAAGACUUUGA